UUCUCCUUUUCCUUUUCUUGUGUAUGAAGAAAAAAAAUACUUAAAAAUCGAUCAAUACGAAUCGAAUUUCCUCUUCACAUUUACGGAGAAACUUAUAUAAAUUAUCGAAAUUGAUUCAAUAAAGCAUAAAGUUUUGUUAAUUGAAAAGGAAUUAUACGAAGGCUCUGUUUUCUUCAGUAACCAUUAAAAAUGGCGUUGUUUCGGAAAUUGUUCUAUCGGAAACCACCGGAUGGACUGCUUGAGAUCGGCGGUGACAGAGUUUACGUAUUUGAUAGGUGUUUCUCUACUGAUGUUUGGGAAGAGAAAAAUUAUAAAGGCUAUGUAGCAAGAGUAAUUAGCCAACUUCGGGAUCAUUACCCUGACGUGUCAAUUUUGGCUUUCAAUUUUCGGGAGGGUGAGUCAGAAAGCCUGAUUGCAAACGAUCUUUCCAAGCAUGAUGUGACCAUAAUGGAUUACCCUCGACAUUAUGAAGGAUGCCCUUUGCUCUCUAUGGAGAUGAUAAACCAUUUUCUUAGAUCCAGUGAAAGUUGGCUCUCCCUCGGGAAGCAAAAUGUGCUCCUAUUACACUGUGAAUGGGGUGGUUGGCCAGUUUUGGCGUUUAUGUCGGCUGCAUUGUUGAUAUAUAGACGACACUCCAAUGGAGAACAGAAGACCUUAGACAUGAUUUAUAAGCAAGCUCCUCGCGAGCUUCUGUAUCUAAUGCAACCUCUAAAUCCAAUUCCUUCUCAACUAAGAUAUUUACAGUAUGUAGCAAGAAGGAACUUGAACACACAAUGGCCUCCCUUGGAUAGAGCACUCACUCUGGUUUGCAUUAUUAUAAGGAUGAUGCCUAACUUUGAUGGCAAGGGUGGUUGUCGGCCCAUAUUUCGUAUUUAUGGACAGGAUCCACUCAUAGUUUCUGAUCGGUCUCCGAAAAGUUUGUUCUCAACACAAAAGAGAAGUAAUGUUGUCCGCUACUACAAGCAGGAAGAAUGUGAAUUAGUCAAGAUUGAUAUCAAUUGUCAUAUACAAGGUGAUGUUGUCUUGGAAUGUAUUAGCUUGCACGAUGACCGGGAAAAAAUGAUGUUUCGAACCAUGUUUAACACAUCUUUUAUUCAGUCGAACAUUCUGAUACUUAACCGUGAUGAAGUUGAUACAUUGUGGGAUGCUAAGGAUCAAUUUCCAAAAGACUUCAGAACUGAGGUUCUUUUUUCAGACAUGGAUGUUGCUGCUUCUGUAGUCCCUGUUGAUUUGUCUUUUUUUGAUAAGAAGGAUGGUCUUCCGGAGGAAGCAUUUGCUAAAGUUCAGGAAAUUAUUAACAGUGCCGAUUGGCUAAAUCAAAAGGGUGAUGCUGCUAGCAAUUUGCUCGAACAAAUAACUGAAUCAAAUUUGAUCCCGGAAAAAUUGGGAUCUCCACCUGACACAAUAGCCACUACCAAGCUCAUUGAUCAAGCUACUUUGGAGAACCCUCAAGAGAGGCAAGAACUUGCAGCAUUAGAGAAUAAUACUAAGGGCUUGGCACAGUCUACUUUGGAGCAGCAGGUUGGGUCAUCCUCUGAAGCAUACCGUAGCAACAAACGAGAAGCUGUGUUUCAGCUUGUUGAAACAAAAGAAUCUAGUGCUUCUGUUACAUCACCACCAGUGUCACCUCAUGAAGGCAAAACAGUGGAACAUCCUUCACUUCAUGGAAAAGAAUGUAGUAAGCUGAAAGAAAUUUCUUCUCUAUCUGAAAUCAAGGACCGACCACUCAUGACAGAUGUUCUCAUGUCGCCUACUCCUCCACCUUUACUGACAAAGGAUCAAGGUAUUGUCACUGGAAAGCCUCUAUCUCCUGCUCCAACGCCACCAUCACUACUCACACCACUCAAGGAUAAAUUGGAUGUACCUUCUCCAUUGCAGCCUACUCCUCCCAGAGACCAAAGUACUAAUUCUAUAUAUUUGAAAGAUGAUGCAACUACAGUAUCUCAACCUGACACAUCAUUGCUUCCUCUUGGGAUGCUUUUAAGUCCAUGUGAGAAUGACAUAAUUUCCAAAAUGGAACCUUCUUUGCCUACUUUUCCUUCUGGAAGUCCUUCUCCAUCAGGCCCCAUACCCCCCAAUAUCAAACAUUCAGAAGAAAAGCUGGUCAGUAAGAAUGGGACAUCACCAUCGCCACCACCUCUACCACAUUUAGUCCCUGUGUUGGAGGAGAAUCCUGCUUAUGUGUGUGGAACUCCUAAAACUUCAGAUCCUCCUAUACCACCUUUGAAGAAAAAAUUAACUUUCAGUGGUGGGUCAUCACCACCAUUGCCACCACCACCGCCAUCACUGCCUCCACCAACACCUAGUUCUUCCCCAUGCCUGUUACCUACAACCCCUGGGUUCACCAAGAAUUGUUCCUCAAUAAGUGGACCACCUCAACCUCCAUCUCCACCUACCCCACCUUUGAAUGAAAGACUAGUUUCCAAAGGUGGAAUGCUACCGCCUCCGCCUCCACCUCCACCUCCACCUCCUCCACUUCUUGAGCAGCCUGUGAAGGAGGGCUUUUCUCUAAUUGAAAAACCUUGUCCACCUCCACCUCCACCUCCACCGCUUCCUGAGAAGCAUGUGAAGGAGGAUUUUUCUCUAACCGAAAAACUAGUUCCACCUCCACCACCUCCUUUGCCUUCAUCACAGGCUUCUAAGCCUACAGAGUUAUAUGCAGCACCACCUCCUCCUUCCUUGGUUUCACCUCUCAAGGAUAAUAACAAUCUCCCAAAGAGUGUUCCUUCUGUUCCUCCUCCUCCGGUUCCUUUCCCUAAGGUGAAUAAUAUGCCUGCUUCUCCAUCUCCAACCCCUCCUAUUGCUCCUCCACCUAGCAAAAAUUACCGACGGAUGUUGUCUAGCACUAUGACUUCAAGAAGCAAUUCAACAAAGAAGCUGAAGCCAUUGCAUUGGUUAAAGAUUAGUAGAGCAGUCCAAGGAAGUUUUUGGGCUGAAAUUGAAAAAUGUAGCUAUGCCUCCAAGUCAUCCGUGAUUGAUAUGCCAGAACUUGUAUAUUUCUUCUCUGUUCAAAAUCUAGACCAAGUCGGUUCAGGAAGGAACGGGAAUUCAAAGACCAAAUUUGGACAGAAGAUUCAGAAAGUGCAGCUGGUUGAUCAUAGACGGGCUUAUAAUUGUGAAAUUAUGCUUUCUAAGGUGAAGAUACCACUGCACGACAUGCUGACUUCAGUGCUUUCUUUGGAAGAUUCAGCAUUAGAUAUUGAUCAGGUGGAGAACCUGAUUAAGUUUUGCCCAACAAAAGAGGAAAUCGAAGUACUCAAGGGUUAUAAAGGAGAAAAAGAGAAGUUGGGUAGAUGUGAACAGUUUAUGUUAGAACUUAUGCAAGUCCCACGAAUAGAGUCCAAGCUACGAGUUUUCUCAUUUACGAUUCAGUUUCAUUCCCAGAUUUCUGAGCUAAGGAACAAUCUGAAUAUUGUGAAUUCAGCAACUGAUCAGAUCAGAGGUUCAUCGAAAUUGAAAGGGGUUUUGCAGACAAUUUUGUAUUUGGGAAAUGCUCUCAACCAAGGAACUGCAAGAGGGUCUGCUGCUGGGUUCAAGUUGGAUAGCCUCCUUAAACUAACGGACACACGUUCAUGGAGCAAUAAGAUGACUCUCAUGCAUUAUCUUUGCAAGAUCCUUACGGACAAAUUGCCUGAACUACUUGAUUUUUCUAAAGAUCUUUCCAGCUUGGAACCCGCAUUGAAGAUACAACUGAAAUAUUUGGCAGAGGAAAUGCAAGCUAUUACCAAAGGAAUGGAGAAAGUUGUAGACGAGCUGUCCAUGUCAGAAAAUGAUGGACCUAUGUCUGAGAAUUUCUGUAAGGCUCUGACGGAGUUUCUUAGCUGUGCUGAAGGUCAAGUCAGUUCCUUGGCUCAACUUUUUUCUGAUGUGGGUAAAAAUGUGGAUUCGCUGAUUAUAUAUUUUGGAGAAGACCCUGCUCGUUGUCCAUUUGAACAAGUUGUCUCGACGUUAAUGAGCUUCCAAAGAAUGUUCAAUCAAGCCUUAGAUGAAAAUAGCAAGCAGCUGGAGUUUGAGAGAAAGAAAGCAGAGAAGGAAGCUAAGGAGAAACAGAGUACAAGUGCUUCAAAUCAUAAGAAGACUUGAAAUUUUGAUCAUUCAGUAUAGUGUGAAAUAAUCUGAUCAUAUAUAUGCAGCCCGGGGAUUUGGUUCAACGUUAAAGCUAGUACUAUGUGACAUGUGUGCUAGGCAUACAUCACGUGUCUCGAACACACUGAGGAGCCAAAUUUAGUAUUUAAGUUGAGAAGGAUAGAAGGACGGGCCAGUAAUCGACCAAGUUUCAGAGCUGGAGACAGCGGAUUUCUCAGUUAUCAUAAACAAAAGCUGUCCUCAUUUAUCAGCCUUAGGCUUUGGUUCAACGGUAAAGAUAGUACAACGCGAGUUUUGUAGUAGGCGUAUGUACAUCAUGAGUUCGAGUCUUGCGGGGGAGCCAAAGACUAGUAUUUAAGUUGAGAAGGAUAGAGGGGUGGGAUGGUAAUCCACAAAGUCUCCCCGAGCUAGACACAGUGGAUUUUAUUUUUAAAAUGAACAAAUGUAGUCAUAUAUCAACAUAUCAAUCAGCAUGUACUCCAGCAGAAUGACAUCACUGACAUGUAUGCAGACAUCACAAAGCUCUCAAUGGACUGAAGCAAGCUCUCUGAGCUUUUUCACUCGUUCCAGAACUAUAUCGGAAGCUGUUGCAUAUCGUAGCAAAGCUUCCCAAGCUUUGAAGAUUUGGGGAGUAAGAAAUCAGUUCUUGAUGGUGAGCAGUGAACUGGUAAAUGAUGUUACGUCUCUAUUUGAUUUUCUCGUAUUGUUGAUCAGUGAGUGAACCGUUAUCUCCUUACAUGGUCUUGGACAAUGCUCACUUCGUUUGCAAUGCACACUGUACAGUUCUCUAACAGAAUGUCUUGGAAGUUAGUAUAACUUUCAGACAAUGACGGAGGUAGGAUUUUCAGUAAGAAGGUCGUCAGUCAUCAUUAUAUACAAUGUAUAUAUAUAUACAAUACACUUUUAUCGAAACAUGUUCGGAUGAGCCCCUUCCGCGAUUCUAGCUUGGCCUCUGCUUCUAAGGUGUGUGAAAAAGUGAAGAGAUGACAUAUGCUUCUAUUUAAACAAUUUUCUGCUAUAUUAGUUGUGUUUGAACUAUUUGUGUUUUGUGUUUCUACUCUCGAUUCAAUUAAUUUAUUAAUUAUUUUUUACCACCA